UCUUCCAUCGCGUCUCUGGGGAAACAACGCGAGUUGGCAGCCCUCCCAACGAAUAUGGUGCGAAAAGAGAAUCCGUUGUCGGAAGAAACACGAGGGAAGGAAUCGUCAUUAUAUUUGAAAGUAAACUUAUCAUCGAAAAAUGUGCUCCCGCCGCAACCGAAAAUUGUGAAUUGAUUGAAAACGUCGAGGCGACUAACGUUAUGUUCAGUUUGCCAACAAAUCGCAGCCCGGACGAAUCGACAGAGCCAGAAAAAGAGUGUGUCCGUGUGCGUUUGCGAUUGCGUUAGUGUGCGUGUUGUGUGACGGUCCGCAGUCGGUGCGAAAGAGGAGCGCAAAGAGAAGUGUGGAAAGAAAAGAGCGGCAACUGAAGGACGUGUCGCGGUCGUGGUCUCGGUCUCGGACUCGGGAGGAGUGCCAAAGGAUUAAUAGUACCUGGGCUGAUCGCCUGCCAAUGCACAGCAAUUAGCUGGAGCAUCGAAACAGGAGCCGGAGCCGGAACCGGAGCACCCCCCACACCCUACCCCCGCAAUAAAAUUUGAAUCCGGUAGGCGCCACCGCCCACCACCCACCACCCACUCAAGAUUCCACCUCAAACUCCCCGGAGCAUCGACAUGCCCGUCUCGGUGGCCGUCUGCGAGACGACGAACGUCGUUAACGCUGCGCUGCGCGAGUCGCUCGGCGUCGGCAUCGGAAGCGGUGGCGGUGGCGGUGCGGCUGCCAGUAGGGCGUCUGCUGCUUCCGCCAUAGCUUCCAGCGACGACAAAUCAGCCGGCGAGGACACAAAUAGCCUUCAAAAUCACAUCGUGGCGAAUGCCAAGCGCAUUCUGAUGACCAAAAUCGAGUACGAGGAGGUGCCAAACUACCAGGAGGCUGUGCUGGAGAACCUCAAGUCCAAGUACAUCGUCAUCAAGCCGACAAAUCCCACAAAUGGCUGCAAUCUGAACGGCAAUACCGCCAACACCUUUGGGAAUAAAAACAAUGCUGGCAAAAUUGUGGGCGCAAAUGGACAUGACAAUAACGGUCGCAAACUGUCGGACCAUCCCAAUCAAAAUCACAAUCAUGCGAAUCCCAAUGGACACCAUGCCAAUCCCAAUGAGCUGCCCAAACCGAAGAGAGUGCUGUAUCCGCGCGAGAAUAUACGCAUCGGAUGGAAGCAGUCGGAACGGAAGUGGCAGGUGGGCUCUGGGAUGAUCAACGCCGGCAACACCUGCUACCUCAAUUCAACACUACAGGCGCUGUUUCACAUCCCGGCCCUGGCCAACUGGCUGGUCUCCGAGCAGGCGCACAUGGAGAACUGCAAUGUCUCGGAGUCGGGCAGUUUCUGCAUCAUAUGCGCCAUGGCGAAGACGUUACAGGCCACCCAGACCACCCAGUCGGCUGUUAGGCCGUUCCUCAUCUACACCAAGCUGAAACAGAUCUGCAAGCACAUGAUCGUGGGACGGCAAGAAGAUGCCCACGAGUUCCUGCGAUUCCUAGUCGAGGCCAUGGAGCGGGCGUAUCUCAUGCGCUUUCGUAACUACAAGGAGCUCGAUCAACUGGUUAAGGAGACGACGCCCCUGGGACAGAUCUUCGGCGGCUAUCUGCGCAGCGAGGUGCGCUGUCUGAGCUGUAACCAUGUGUCCAUCACGUUCCAGCACUUCCAGGACCUGCUGCUCGACAUCCGCAAGUCAGACUCGCUGGAGGAGGCCUUCGAGGGAUACUUCUCCCGCGAGAAGCUGGAAGAUUUUGGUUACAAGUGCGAGGGCUGCAAGAAGAAGGUCUCUGCCACAAAACAGUUUCGUUUGGAGCGGGCCCCCAUCACGCUGUGCAUCCAGCUGAAGCGCUUCUCCAUGAUGGGCAACAAGCUGACCAAGCAGAUAACGUUCAAGCCCCGCAUCGACUUAAGCAAAUUCGCAGCCCGCUCGCCAGCGGCGUCUGUCCAGCCACUCAUAUACCGCUUGGUGUCGAUGGUGACCCACCUGGGUGUCUCCCAGCACUGUGGUCACUACACGGCCAUCGGAUCAACGGAAGCUGGAAGCUAUUACAACUUUGACGACAGUUAUGUCCGACCAAUAGCGAUACAGAGCGUUUGCAACACCAACGCCUACAUCAUGUUCUACGAGCUGGACCCCCUGCAGACAUCUAGUCCGGCGGCGGCCCGUGCUAACGGCCUGCGACUGACCAACGGUCAUGGUCCUGUGCCGGUGGCAGUGCCGGCCACUGUCUCAUCGCCAUUACCCUCGCCCGCCAAGUUCAUUGGACCACAGCUGCCGCCCGGCGGCAUCAAUGGCUAUAGCAACGGUCAUGGCCCCAAAACGACUAUACAAUUCAAACCACAGCACCAACCAUCCCAUCAGCAAAACGGUGUCCAGCAGUCUGCCAAGUCUCCAUUGCUUAGCACACAUGUUAAGGUUGAAGCUGCCGCAGGAGCAGCAGCAUUAGCAGCAUCAGCAGCUCCAACUGCAAAUGGUAACAAAAGUUCCUCCAAUCACAGCAACCACAAAUCAGUUAACCAGCAACAUUAUCUGCCAAUUUCCUCGGAGGAUGAGGACAGCGAGGAUGAAGUGAAGGCGCGGCCCACUGUCCAGUUGCCCAGUAUGCCAAAAAUGGACGACUGCAUGGACAGCGGCAAGCCAAAGUCGCCGGUGAAGACUCCGGUCAAGACGCCGUUGAAAAGCCUGGUGCCUUAUGAGUCGGCCUCCGAAGAAGAGGAGGUGGUACCACUGCCCAAUCCCAAUGCCCGUAAACGUUCCAGCGACUCGAGCGACUCGGAGCACGAACCGACAACGUCGUCGGUCCAGUUAAAUGGCCAUAGUAAGACUAAUGGCAGUCUCUCCAACGGCUCCAGCAAAUCGACUGACGCCAUCGACGAGAUCUUCAAGAGCCUGAAGGGUUACCAGGCCAAGAAGAAAUCCGCCGAUAGCGAGGACGACGACGACGAUGAGGACGAGCCGAACAACCAACUAACCAAUGGAUGGCAUCCACAGAAACAAUCACAGUCACAAAGCAGAUCAGGACCGCCUUCGCCUAAGACGCCACCCUCGCCGGCGGUCAUCAAGUCCAAGACGGGCAUCUGGAAGGUUACCCGCGACGAUGGUGACGACGAUGAAGACGAUGAUGACGACGACGAUGAGGUGGUGGAGGAGGCGAGGGCGGUGCGGACGCCCGUCAAGAAUCAUCGUAAUCCAUUCGCCAGCAGCAAAACCGCCACGGACUCGCCGACAACGCCGGGGGCCAAGCGCCAGAAGCUGCUGAACGGGAGUGCAAUCAAGACCCAGCAACAGCCUAGGGCGGGAAAUGGCUACCAGAGCGAGGCCACCGCGAACGGGGGCACCGUUAACGAGCUACUGAAGCAGUCGCAUCGGGGAUAUAGCUCAUCGGUGCUCAGCUGGAACGGCAAGCCCGCUGAGCUGGAGAAGGAGCCUUUUGUGUUGGUUUGCGCGAAACGGAUAGCUGGUCACGGCAGUUUGGAUGGCAGUGGCAGUGGCAGUAACACCGAUAUCAUCGAUACAGAGAUCCCGGCAGCAGCACUGCUGGCGGAUGCACGGGAUCAGCGUCAGCGGGACCUGGCCGACGACGAGGAGAACGAAAUGGAUCGCGGCAGGCAGCGCAAGGUGAAGUCCGGAUCGGCGAAAAUCAGCAAUAGCACCCCCGGCUACAAUCCGUUCAUGGAGUUUGAGAACCAGAAGCGCUGGCACAAAAACGGAGGUGGUGGCGGCUUCCCGCGAUUCUACCAGAAUCAGAACUUUCGCCAGGGCUUCCAGCAGCGCAACAAGUUCAAGUUCAAUCGGUUUGGUGGUCCAGGCAGCGCCAAAUUCCAGCAGCAGCGAGCUCUGCAACGACACCUUGCCGCCGGCGGCGGUUUCACCCGGCGCCAGCCGACCCACUCUGCCCAACAGCAGCAGCAGCAGCAGUCCUAACUGGAUGCGAAGGAUGCGGAGGAUAGUAGACCAUCAGGAGGUGCAUUUGUUAUUGGAUUUCGAUUGAGAGAGAGAGUUUUAAGAAGAAUAAGAAGAGUUUUGUAAACGUUUUUUAAAUGCUAAUGAACAUAUUAGUGUUAGUUAUAGGAGUAGGAGUAGGAAUUUUAAGCUGUAAGCUAGACUGUAACUGUUGCCCCCACUUCCUUCCUUGUCCCAUCUCCCCCCAGCCUGAGAAAACACCCUCUACCCCCCCCCACCCAACAGACCCCCCCCUAAUAACGUAAAGCCUAUUAUUAAGUUGUACAAGAAAAAGGAUAUGCAAGAUUGUGUUUUGCAAGUUUAAGUUUUGAAUCCACACGACACACACGAGAAAAUUGUACCAUUUUAAAAAAAUGUUACCCCAAAAAAAAAAAAAAGCAAACACUUAACAGCUUAAACAGCUAUGCAUUAUGAAAAUAAAGCAACCCAGUAUAUUUAAGAGACUAAAAAACCAAGCAAACAAAACAUGUACAUAGAACUU